GCCCUUCGGGGAGUGGUGCAACCUGCAGCCCAAAGAUGCUGCCAAGAUGCCGGAGAGUGCCUGGAAGCUGCUUUUCUAUUCAUUAUCCUGGUCGUAUGGCAUCUACCUGCUCUUCUUCACUGAUUACCCCUUCUUCUAUGACCCACCAUCUGUAUUCUAUGGCUGGAAGAAAGGCAUGGAUGUGCCCACGGACAUCGCCAUUGCCUACCUGUUGCAGUGCAGCUUCUACGGGCACUCCAUCUAUGCCACGGCCUACAUGGACACGUGGCGCAAGGACUCGGUGGUCAUGCUGCUGCACCACGUGGUCACGCUGACCCUCAUCGCCUCCUCCUACGCGUUCAGGUACCACAACGUGGGCAUCCUGGUGCUCUUCCUGCAUGACAUCAACGAUGUCCAGCUGGAGUUCACCAAGCUCAAUGUCUACUUCAAGCACCGAGGAGGGGUCUACCAUCGCCUCAACGAUGUCAUCUCCAACAUCGGCUGCCUCACCUUCAGUGUCAGCUGGUUCUGGUUUCGUCUCUACUGGUUCCCCCUCAAGGUACUCUAUGCCACCUGCUACUCCAGCCUCCAGAUGGUCCCCAACAUCCCCUUCUACUUCUUCUUCAACGCUCUGCUCCUCAUCCUCACCCUGAUGAACAUCUACUGGUUUCUGUACAUCGUCCUGUUUGUGGCCAAGGUGCUGAUGGGGCAGAUGCAGGAGGUGAACGACGUGCGCGAGUACGACGUGGAGGACAGCAAGAAAACUGCAACGGCCAAGAAGAAGGAGGUUGGACUGCAGCUGCCCAGCGCUCUGAAGGAAGGGAUGCACCUGAAGAAUGGCCUGGUGAAACCCAAGCGAUCGUGAGGGAUGCGUGGCUGCUGCAGCCUGGCUGGCUCUGGGGACUGACCCGGGACCCUGCGCUCAAACCCAGCAAAUGAAAGGCACAAGGAGAAAGAACUUCACCCCCAAUCCCCUUCACCCCCUGCCCGGCGCUGGGGAGGAGAUGCCGCUGUCAGGACCAGGCCCAAGCGGGGGCUUGCCUGUGGCCAAGCUUCACCCAGUGCUGGUGUGCUUUGUGUGGCCAGGCCGUGCUGGUUCGGGUGAGGGGCUGGUGGCU